UGUUUAAUUAAUAUUUAUUAUUCAUUUUAUUUUGUUUCCUAAUUUAAUUUGUUUCCUAGUAGGAUUUAUUUAGGACUUCUAUUCUUAUUAGAAUUAGAGGUUUCCUAUUUCUAUUUAGUUUCCUAGAAUGAUUUAAUUAGGAGUUCUAUUAGAACUAGAGGUUUCCUAUUCUAUUUAGUUUCCUAGAUUAAUUUAUUUAGGAUUCCUAUUCUUAUUAGACCUAGAGGGUUAUUUAUACCCCUUGUAUGCUUCAUUCUUGAUCAUCUUGGAAUAAAAGUUGGUUUAGCCUUUUGGCUCUGGGCAACGGUAUUUUUACCGUUGAUUAUCGGGCAACGGUUCACCCCGUUGAUUUUAUUUUUCUGCUUCACAACAAUUGGUCCGACCUGCCGGAUCCCGUCCCGCCGGAAUGACGAGAUCUAUCAGUAAACAUUUGUCAGAGAUGGUGGCCAAGCAAAUUCGGAUGAAUCAAACCCUAGAGGAGCACGGCGUGCGUCUGGCAGAGAUCGCCGCAUCCCUGGCAGCGCUUACCAAGGCGUUCGUUCCGCCAGUCACGACGGAAACAAGCCCUGACGCAGUUGGCAGCCCCGCCGUAUUUGCGCCCAGCAGCGACGGACAGCCGCACAACGUCACUUCCUCCUUGACUGCGCUCACAAAGGCUCUCGCGCCGCCAGUGGCGGAGGAGAAUUCAUCGGAUAUGGCUUCACUUGACGCGGCAGCAACAUCCACGUUCGGAACUGGACUGUGCAACACUUCUCUCACGACGCUGCCCUCGUUUGACGGAGAAGACCCGAUCGGUUGGGUUGCUAGGGCUGAGCAUCAAAUCGAACUGAGCUGUACUCCGCCGGGAAAGAAGGUGGCAGCCACUGUAGUUGUGAUGGAAGGGUCAGCCCUGUACCGGUUGACCUCGUUACGAGCACGAAAGCCGGGCAUGUCAUGGGAUGAGCUUACACAAGCAUUAGUGGCUCGUUUUGACUCACGGUUUAAGGGCAAUUGCUUUGAACGGCUAUCCGGAGGCAAGCAGUCAGGGACUAUGGAGGAGUACAUCUCAAUUUUUCCUAAAGAUACUAGGCAGCCACCGGGAACAAAUGUCAGCCGGUUUCCGGAUUUCAACCUUGAGGACAAGGUUUUUUCGAAGGGGGAUGGAAUUGAUAUGAAGCAGAAUUUGGGAUUGGAAGAAGAGGGGCAGAAGCCCCCGUGGGUUUACCGAAGGCGGGACGGGCUUGAGCCCACCUUCGUGGGCUGGUUACGGGCUGUUUAAUUAAUAUUUAUUAUUCAUUUUAUUUUGUUUCCUAAUUUAAUUUGUUUCCUAGUAGGAUUUAUUUAGGACUUCUAUUCUUAUUAGAAUUAGAGGUUUCCUAUUUCUAUUUAGUUUCCUAGAAUGAUUUAAUUAGGAGUUCUAUUAGAACUAGAGGUUUCCUAUUCUAUUUAGUUUCCUAGAUUAAUUUAUUUAGGAUUCCUAUUCUUAUUAGACCUAGAGGGUUAUUUAUACCCCUUGUAUGCUUCAUUCUU